CAUAAACUGAAAUUACAAUCAAAUCCUUCCUACUUUAUCACUCAUUCACGGGUCAAAAUAAGAGAGAAAAAAACAAAAAAGAAAACAAAGCUUCAAAGUCCUUAUUCCUCCGUUCAAAAACCAAAGCAAGCCAAACCCAUCAGAAUUUGGUUUUUUUCAAACCUCCAGCGUAAAAAUGUCUGCGACAUCGUUGACUGAAACCGGGAGGUUGUGGCCGGAGGAAACGAGUACAGAUGGAAUAGAGGGUUGUCACCAAAACCAUGAUCAAAGGCAGUACCAGUUUUACAAUUCAAGCAACAGCAUAAGCGAGAUAGAAGAAGAAGAAGAUGAUGAUGAUGAUGGUGAUGAUGGAUCGAGAGAGGUACCGAAGGAAGUUAAAGAGCUGUUCGGGAUGGGAGAAUUCGCACCGAUGCCGCCAAUCAGGGAAGAUCAACAAGAAAAGUCAUCUUCUUCAUGUGAUGAUAGCGUUUAUGUGGCGGUGGGGAAGAGUGAGUCUAGCAUGGAUGCGUUAACAUGGACGGUAAAGCAUGCUAUAAAUCCAUCAUCAUCAACCAUGGUCUAUCUCAUACAUAUAUUCCCUGAGGUUCGAUACAUUCCCAGCCCAUUAGGAAAGCUUCCGGUGAAUCAAGUAAGUCCAGAGCAGGUAAAAACCUACAUGGCCCAAGAAGGAGGGAAGAGAAGUGAGCUUCUUCAGAAGUUUCUUGCUACCUGCUCAGCUGCCAAGGUUAAGGUGGAUACCGUGAUGAUUGAGAGUGAUUCUGUGGGAAAAGCUAUAUUGGACCUCAUCCCUAUUCUCAACAUAAGGAAACUUGUUCUUGGAACCUCCAAAUCCAAUUCAAGGAAAUUAAGGUCAAGGAGAGGAAGUGGAACAUUAGCUGAUCAGAUACUCAAGGGUGCACCGGAAAGCUGCGAGAUCAAGAUCAUAAGCGAAGGAAACGAAGUCAAAAUGGACCAGCCGCCUCCUGAGUCCUCCCCAUCUCCACGUGGCAAUGCUGAUGACUCCAAUUGGAACCUAAUUGCGGGGAUAGCUCAGUUGGGAGAGCGUCAGACUGAAGAUCUGAAGGUCGCGUGUUCGAUCCACGCUCACCGCACGACCUUUUAAAAUUUUCAUCAAAUUUGUUUUUCACAUUUAUUUAUUUGACUGCCUUAAAUAUUACAGGGGCAUGUCUGUCUUUUUGCAUUCAAGAUUGUGAAAAAUGUACCCUCACUGAGUUAGUUUCCAUGUGAACACAAAUUUACUGGCCGUGCUUGCAAAAAUAAGAAAAUAUUUCCAAAA